CGGCUCCACAGAUGACAGUUAGGGCCCCUCCCCUUGUUGCCUGUGAUUGGAGCGCUGCCGCGGCGGGCGGGCGGAGCACGGGAGCUGCUCCCUCUCUCUGUCGGUGUAGGUGUAGCUGGGGGCGGCAGUGAGUGGGGAGGACUCGGAGGAGACCCGGGCUGAGGAGAGACAGCAACAGCGGCCGGGCACAGCACGGGAUCCAUGGCGUAGAGAGCGGAAUCCCGAGCGCAGAUCAGGGAGGAGCAGAAACCGCCAGAGGAAUCCAGGUGAAGUUGCCAGUAGCUGAGAAGGAGAUGUGAAAGAACGUCAUUAUGAUGUGUGUAAAUAGAAGAGCUGGAAGUGCCAGAGCAGGCAGUACCAUUGAUGCAUACCCAGUGGUGUACAAACAUACCUUUUACCUUUUUUAAAGUUGAUACUUCGAGCAGAUACUACAGAACCAGUGUGAUGGUGCAAUGAAAUGAGGCUCCGAAAUGGAACUGUAGCCACCGCGUUCGUGUUUAUCACGUCUUUCCUCAGUUUGUCCUGGUACACCGCCUGGCAGAAUGGGAAAGAGAAACUGAUUGCCUAUCAGCGUGAAUUCCAUGCUCUGAAGGAACGCCUACGUAUUGCCGAACAUAGAACUCUACAGCGCUCCUCAGAGCUUCAUGCUAUUCUAGAACAGUUCCGGAGAGCAGUAACAGAGGUGAAUGGGAGCAGAGAUGCAUUAAGUAAUUUUUCAGAUGAAGCUCAGAAACUGUUAAAGGAUUUAACUAGCAAAAAAUCUCUACAAGUGCCAAAUAUUUACUACCAUAUGCCUCAUUUAUUAAACCAUGAAGGAAGCCUUCAGCCUGCUGUGCAGGUUGGCCUUGGAAGAACAGGAGUGUCCAUUGUAAUGGGCAUCCCAACUGUAAAGAGGAAAGUUAAGUCUUAUUUAUCUGAGACUCUGCAUUCCCUGAUUGAUAAGUUGUCUCCAGAAGAAAAACUUGACAGUGUUAUAAUAGUCUUCAUUGGAGAGACAGACCUUGAAUAUGUGCAGAAUGUUGUUGGAAUCUUGGAAAAAGAAUUCUCCACAGAAAUAGGCUCUGGUUUAGUUGAAGUGAUCUCACCUCCUGCCGCCUAUUAUCCAGACAUGACAAAUUUAAAGGAGACAUUUGGAGAUUCAAAGGAAAGAGUUAGAUGGCGAACCAAACAAAAUUUAGACUAUUGUUUUCUUAUGAUGUAUGCUCAGAGGAAGGGUAUUUAUUACAUUCAGCUUGAAGAUGAUAUUGUUGCCAAGCAAAAUUAUUUCAGUACAAUAAAGAACUUUGCACUUCAGCUGUCUUCUGAGGAGUGGAUGAUUCUGGAAUUCUCUCAGUUAGGAUUCAUUGGGAAAAUGUUUCAAGCACCUGAUAUCACACUCAUUGUUGAGUUCAUUUUUAUGUUCUAUAAGGAGAAACCUAUUGAUUGGCUUCUAGAUCACAUAUUAUGGGUAAAAGUCUGUAACCCAGAAAAAGAUGCAAAACAUUGUGACAGGCAGAAAUCAAAUCUCCGAAUUCGGUUUAGACCAUCACUCUUCCAGCAUGUUGGUUUGCACUCUUCAUUAGCAGGGAAAAUCCAAAAGCUCACAGAUAAAGAUUUCUUAAAACCUUUGUUGCAUAAAAUUCAUGUGAAUCCUCCAGCUGAGGUCUCAACUUCCUUAAAAGUGUACCAAGGCCAUACACUAGAAAAGACGUACUUAGGGGAGGACUUCUUCUGGGCCAUUACACCUGUAGCUGGAGACUACAUCCUGUUUAAGUUUGAUAAACCUGUACAUGUAGAAAGGUAUCUGUUUCGCAGUGGCAACCCUGAGCACCCUGGGGACCUGUUAAUGAACACAACUGUGGAGGUUCUAGCUUACCAGAAAGACAUCUUGGACUUAAGGAAGGUUACCAAAGACAAACAUCUGUCAGAUGGAUUCUUCAGAAUAGGUACAUUUGAAGAUGGAGUUGCAGAGGGGCCAGUAGACCCCAGUCUAAAUCCUAUUUCAGCAUUCCGACUCUCAGUUUUACAGAAUUCAGCGGUUUGGAUCAUUCUUAACGAGAUUCACAUUAAAAAGACUCAAACAGACUGAUACUUUAAAAAAAACAAGAGAAUCUAUUUAAGAAGUAUCAUAGGUGGACUGUCACCCCUUGUAUCAUCACUGCCUGUUACACACGUGCAUGUAUCUCCAUUUAUACAAUUCUUUUCCUACCUCUGUGAAACCUACUGUAGCUAUACUAUUGUAUGUAUUCAUUUACUGUAAAGCCUAAACACACCACCUGUGAGACCAAUCUCUGGCACAAUGUCUAUUUUAUUCAUGUACAUUCCAUAAAAACACCUUACACGUAUGCGAUACCAUAUGCAGACCUAAUGCACAUCUCCAAAUCCACUGCUUGAGUUGGAGACUAUUGUGUCCCUUACACUGUAAGUGGGAUUUCUGUUGUAUUAGUCUCACACACAAAUAGAACAUAUAAACAAAUGACAUAUCACACCUAAAUACAUCUAAGAUGCAAAGUGUGCGGGAUGUAAUUAAAAAGAAAUCUAUUUUUGUUUUAUCGACAUGUGUAUUUUGUAGAUAAUCAAGAAAAGAUAUAAAGAUAAAUUGUAUCUAUAAAUAUAUACCUGCAACCAGCUGAAA